AUGGGUCCUGGAGUAGGCCUACUUGCGCUGUUUUGGCUUGGGACAGGAGGGAGCGCACUUAACAACUCACUUUUAGAUAACAUGAUAUUUUCUUACCCAGAGAACCUGUUAAAUGCGUCUUCUGUCCAAAACCGGACUUCGGGUUUUUUCUUGCUGGACUUGGAUGAGGGUUUACUGGAGGACUGGCGCACACUGGCCUCGAGCAGGACGCGCAGCGGAGAGUCGCAGCGGGGGUGCGUCAAAGCGCUUCUGGUGGCCGCGUACUCCCUCAUCAUCGUUAUUUCGCUGUUUGGGAAUACUCUGGUGUGCCAUGUGGUAGUCAAAAACAAGCGCGCGCAAUCCUCCACCAGUCUUUUCAUAAUGAACCUGGCCGUGGCGGAUAUUUUUAUCACUGUGCUCAACACUCCAUUCACUCUGGUGCGCUUUGUACACAGCACCUGGGUGUUUGGGAGAGCUAUGUGCCACAUCAGUCGAUUCGUCCAAUACUGCUCCCUGCAUGUGUCCACACUUACCCUGACCGCCAUAGCCCUGGACAGACGGCAGGUCAUUCUGCACCCUCUGCGUCCCCGCAUGUCUCUGACACAGGGAGCCUGCUGGGUGGCUGUCAUCUGGAUAAUGGGCAGUUGCUUCUCGCUUCCUCAUGCCAUCUACCAACAACUCCUGACAUUCACUUACAGUAAAGAAAAGGAGCGCAGCCUGUGUGUCCCGGAUUUCCCUGAGCCCUCAGAUGUAUACUGGCAGUACAUUGACCUUUUGACCUUUGUGCUGUUGUACAUGCUGCCUCUCCUGAUCAUCACCGUCUCCUAUACAACUGUGGCACGACGUCUUUGGCGCCAUAACGCAAUCGGUGACACGACCACAGCCCAGCACGCCACUCAGAGAAAAAAGAGGAGACGGACCCUUGCUAUGCUGCUCCUAGUCGUCGGAGUGUUUGCUGUCUGCUGGUUUCCGCUUAACUGCUAUGUGGUGCUCCUGUCCAGCCAGGCUAUCCAGUCGUCCAAUGCAUUAUAUUUUUGUUUUCACUGGUUAGCAAUGAGCUCCACCUGCUACAACCCAUUUAUCUACUGUUGUUUGAACCCCACGUUUCGACAGGAGCUCCAGUUGCUUUUGGAUAUGUGUAAGCGCAGAAGGCCAGUGGUGGGGUUGGAACCAGAGAGCCGCCCGGUGGAAGUAGUACCCCCCUGUCACAGAACCGCCUGGCCCGAUAACGACUCCUCCAGAUCCAGGCCGGUGCAGUCUCAAGCGGGUCAAAGCUCCUCCCAGCAAAGCCACGCCUCCACAAGCCACUCCCACAAUGCCAAGGAAACUCACGUAGUGUUCAGCGCCAGGGAAGUGCUCUCGGGCCGGACAGACAUACUAUCUGUGGAGCCCAUCGUAGCCAUUAGCUGGCUGCAGAAACCAACUUUAUAG